AUGUUCUGCCGGCAAAUAAGGACAGUCAAGCAGCAGCCGCGACCUCGUUUUUUGCCGCACCAGCCGCAGCGGCUGGUCACCAACUCCAACCGCUCGGCACCGAAUACUACUGGAAUUCGGAACAUCUUUGCUGGAAGCUGGAAACUCCCAGCUACAUUGGGCUUCGCCUUUAUCGGGUUCCUCCAAUGGCAGCAUUUGAACCACCCGACAGAUGAGGAGCGCAAGACUUAUCCAGCUGCGGCGCUACGUCGUCUUCCUGGUAGUCAAACAGCGUUCGAAGCUACAAUGGCGACGGAACGCCAGCUCCAAGCGCUCAAGCUCUUUCCAUACCGAGCUGCCAGUCGACUCUGGGGAGCAGUACACGAUAAGGAUUUACCAACGUGGCUGCGAGCACCUGUGUACAAGGCAUGGACCGCCGUUUUUAACUGCAAUCUGGACGAGAUGAAGUACUCGAUCCAGGAAUAUGCCAAUCUUGGCGAGUUCUUCUCGCGGCCACUAAAGGAUGGCGUACGUCCGUUUGAUACGGUUCCAAGUCAUCUUGCUAGUCCCGUUGAUGGGACAGUCGCCUCUGUCGGUGAGGUGGACGAUACCUACAAUGUGCCGACAUUGGAACAAAUUAAAGGUGCACGGUACCGACUAGACGAGUUUCUGGGUGGCCUUCCAACGUAUUUCUCGAAAAAGUCGUCAGCGUCCGAGGGUAAAAAGAUGUUUUACUGCGUACUGUACCUUGCGCCAGGAGACUACCACCGUAUCCACGCUCCCGUGGACUGGCAAGUUGAGGAGCGCCGCCACUUUCCUGGGAAUCUUUUUCCUGUUAAUCAGGUUGCAGCGCGACUAAUCCCGAGUCUUUUUGUGGAAAACGAGCGAGUAGCCCUGCUUGGCGAAUGGAAGCACGGCUUCUUUUCUCUCACUGCUGUUGGUGCCACGAAUGUGGGUUCCGUUGUCAUCACGAAGGAACCUGCUUUCUCUAGCAAUACUGUCGUACAGGACCAACUGGUAGGUCAAUGCUGUACAUAUCACUAUGGCAACAAGCUAAAUGCUGCACGUGGCGAGGAAAUGGCGCAGUUCAAGCUGGGCUCAACGGUCGUCUUGGUCUUCGAGGCUCCCGAGUCGUUCCAAUUCAACAUCAAGCCAGGUGAAAAGCUUAUCCUUGGCAGAUGCAUCGGAAAAGUAGCGGAGUAG